AUGGCUCUUGCCACGACUGCGGCCAUUGCUGCCGGCAGCUGGGCUGCUGCGGCCUAUCUCGAUGCGAAGUACCAUUUUCGGGAAGACUUGACUACAAUCGCCAGGCUCAAACGUGGCGCAAGGGAGUACGCCCGCGUCGCCAGAGAGGACAAAGUUAGUCUGUGGUAUGUUCUCGAAGACCAGUGCCGGAAAAGCUGGAACAUCCCUGCCAUUUGGUCGCGGGAAGGAACGUACACCUAUGGCGAAAUGUACGAGGACUCCGUCCGCUAUGCCCAAUGGAUGCUCGAGGAGGGCAUUCAGCCGGGGGAGCUGGUGGGUGUCUAUCUCACCAAUUCUCCUCACUUCUUGUUCAUCUGGUACGCAUGUUUGGCUGUCGGCGCCGCUCCGGCUUUUCUCAACUACAACCUUGAAGGCAAAGCCUUAAUGCAUUGCUUGGAUGUCUGCGAAACGAGACUGUUGGUUGUCGACCAAGACCCGGCCUGUCAACAGCGGAUCGAGGACAGCCGGGCCGACAUUGAGGCCCGCGGAACGAAGAUCGCUAUUCUCGACAGCAACCUGAAGCAAAAGGUCUUCUCAAAGCCAACACUGAGGCCAGGUGAUGAGUGUCGUAAGGGCACCAAGGGCCGCUUUCCUUACUGCUUGAUUUACACCAGUGGAACGACCGGUCUGCCCAAAGGCUGCGCAUUCACCCUGGACCGAGUUUACCUCAUAUGCGGCCAUGACAUGCCAAUCUGUGGUUCCGUCCCUGGCAAAGACCGAUGGUACAAUGCCAUGCCCUUGUAUCAUGGGACUGGUGCCAUCAUGACCUCCUAUUGUUUGUUACAAGGCGUGAGUGUGGCGAUAGCACCACGGUUCUCGGUGUCACGGUUUUGGAACGACAUCCACGACUCCAACUCGUCAUUCUUCAUCUACGUCGGCGAGACCGCACGAUAUCUGCUCAAUGCGCCGCCACACCCGCUGGAACGGCAACACAGGCUUCGUUGCGCUUACGGAAACGGACUGAGGCCGGAUGUUUGGGAGAGGUUUCAGACCCGGUUCAAUAUCCCUGAAGUCGGCGAGUUUUUCAACUCCACCGAAGGAAUGUUUUCGUUGUUCGUCCACGACAAAGGUCUGUUUUUGCAAGCUUGUGUCGGUCACCAUGGGUUGAUCAUGCGACGGAUGCUGCACAAAGUCUACAUUCCUAUCAAGAUUGAUCAUGAGACGGGAGACAUUUGGCGCGACGCGAAGACAGGCUUCGCUCAUAGAAACUCGUACGAAGAAGGCGGCGAGAUGCUGGUUGCGGUACCCGGUAAACAGGCAUUCCAGGGGUACUGGCGCUCCCAAGCCGCGACGGACAAGAAGUUCGCUCUGGAUGUGUUCAAGAGGGGCGACGUUUACUACCGUUCUGGUGAUGCUCUUCGCCGAGACCGCGAUGGCAGAUGGUACUUUCUGGACCGACUAGGAGACACCUUCCGCUGGAAAUCGGAAAACGUUUCCACGGCCGAAGUGGCCUUGACUAUGGGCCAGUUCCCGGGGAUCGCCGAGGUCAAUGUAUAUGGAGUGUUGGUGCCGAACCAUGAAGGACGGGCUGGUUGCGCCGCCGUUGACCUCGAUCCUAACCACACCGGUCCACCAGUCGACUAUAACGAACUCCUGAAAUAUACGCGCGCACGACUCCCUCGCUAUGCCGUGCCCGUGUUCCUGCGCAUCGUCAAGGUCAGCACACACAUUCACAACCACAAGCAGAACAAGGUCCCGUUGCGAAAAGAAGGGGUAGACCCGCGCCUGGUCGGCACGGAGAUGCCGGAUGGGAAGGACGAUGUGUUCUUGUGGUUGCCGCCCAAGGGUGAUAGAUAUGUGCCUUUUUCUCCGAAGGACUGGCAGAUGCUGGUGAGUGGGAAAGCUAGAAUAUAG